AAUAAUAAUCCCUCUCCUCCUACCAUGGGCGUUCUACAAGUUCUGACAAGAAUACUCAUUGGGCUCUUCGUAUUUUUGGUCGCUAUCAUUAUACUUACUCAUGUUUUCAAAACUCGCGGAAAUGUAGUGCUUCUUGUUGGCCCCUCUGACGCUGGUAAAACAGCGAUAUUUUCAAAGAUUAUGUACGACCAAUCGCUACCAUCACAUACAUCUUUACAGGCCAACACCUCAUCCGUCGACUGGCCUCCGUUCAAAAAGCCUGUAGUCAUUGUCGACAUACCGGGACAUCCAAAGAUGCGAGACCAGUUCAAGGAACAUAUGAAAGAGACAAUUGUCGUCGCCUUUGUCGUGGAUGCAAGUACAGUUUCGCGUAAUGCAGCAGCCGUUGCAGAACACCUUCACAUCAUAAUGGACGCUAUAGUCAAGUUACCAUCUACUCAGAAAACACCCAGUCUGGUGAUUGUUGCUCACAAGACCGACCUACUUAAGAACGUGGCCGGGUCAGCCAAUGCCUCCUCUAAUGCCCUCGCCAUCAACCGAGUGAGAACUGUGCUUGAAAGGGAGCUGGAGAAGCGCCGGGCUGCCCAUUCAGAUAGUUUAGGAGUUGAGGGUUUAGGCGAGGAGAAGACAGAGCUGGGCGGUCUUGAAUGUGCGGACACGGCUAAGACAUUCAACUUUUCCGACUGGGAAGGUACCAAGGUGCACUUUAUUGCCACAUCCGUGAAAGAGUCGGCGAAAGACGUCGAUGAUGAGAAGAGUGGCCCACAAAUUGGACUUGGUUCUCUCCGAGAGCUUCUGGUGACCAUGCAGCAAUAGAUCUGUAUCUCGCAGUCAAUGUGUAUUUUAUUAGACUCGCAAAGAGUACGAAGGCUCGGCCGGAAUUGGUUGUAUGUAGCAAUUGGGGAUGCACGGACGGGAGAAAUCGGUGGCCUAGUGCUUCAUCAAUGUAAGCGAAGGGAAUUACUUCUCCAUGACGCCUGUGGACGAGGGUCUCUUGUAUCCAUUCAUAAUUUCAGCAAGAACCC